UCUAAGCCCCGCCUCCCGCUCCGAAGAUGGCGGCGCCCAUGAGCCGCGACGUGUGACAAGUGUGUGACCAGAUCGUGAGGCGAUCGCGGCCUGGGCCAUGAAGCGGGACAGGGCCCGUUCCUCGUCGUCGGCUGAGGGCAGCCAGUCCGCCAGGAGGAAAGGCGGAGGGAGGCCUACGAAGCCGUCGCCGAUCGGGAAGCUCCACAAACUGGGGCUGUCGGUGAGAGAAUUCGUGGAGGCCGCGGUGGGGCCCGAUGGCGGUGGCGAUCGCGGCUCCUCCGGGUCCCUUCAGCAGCCGGCUUGGAACGGCCGCAGGAAUCGACGAGAAAUGAAGCGAGAGAAGCGCAAGUUGAAGCGAGGGCGGCGGAAGCGGCUGCUGAUCGUCAACGGCGAAGCGAAGAGCCCGCUCCGCUCAAAGGUAGCCUCCGUUAGAAAGCGGAGCCCGCCGCCACCGGUGGAAGAAGAACGGAAAGAAGGAGAAGAAAAGAAGGAAAAGAAGCCGCCGCGGGUCAAGGCUCAGCCGCCGGCCAAGGUUCAGCCCCGGUCAGCUCCCUCCGCUACGGCCGCGACUCGCAAAAGAGCCCUGCUGGCUGCCAACGAGGCGGAGGAUCGGGAGAUCCGUCGCCUGGAACGGCAACUGGGACUCCACAAGCGCCGCAAAAAGCAGCGAGCAGGUGGCGGCCAAGAGGGGGAAGCGGCGGCGGCAUCAUCCUUGCCACAAAGCUUCGCCCGGGACGGGCUGGAUUACGUGCUGGGAGCGCUGAAAUCCGAGGCCGCUUUCGCAGGCCUCUACGAGAAUGGCGAUGAGGGAGAAGCAAGCGGGACCGAAUUAGAAGAAGGAGGAGGCCUGAGCCCGGGAGAGAUGGAUGGGGAUGAAGUGGGAAGCUCCGGGGAUUCCAGCCCGGAGGAAGGAAGCGAAAGCGAAGAAGGGGAGUCCAGCCAAGAGCUGGCUGGAGGGUUCUCAGAGUUGAAAUCAGCAAAUCUUAAUAUUGCCAUGGCUGAAAAACUGAACUGCCAAGCACGGAGGCCUGAGAAUCCUAACCAAGAUGCAGUAAAGUAUGUUCCACCUCAAAUGCGAAUUUCCGAAGAGAAAAUAGAUUCCAAAAAGAAAGAAGAAUUGGAAAGACUGAAGAAAACCGUAAAAGGUCUGAUUAAUAG